AUGCGCCUCCAGGGCCCCGCCACCGGCUCCCCGCAGCGGCUCCUCGUCCUCCUGCUGCUCCUGCUGCUGCAGCUGUGGGCGCCGUCUAGCGCCUCCGAGACCCCCAAGGGGAAGCAAAAGGCUGUGCUCCGGCAGAGGGAGGUGGUGGACCUGUAUAAUGGCAUGUGCUUACAAGGGCCCGCAGGGGUGCCUGGGCGAGAUGGGAGCCCUGGGACCAAUGGCAUCCCUGGCACCCCUGGGGUCCCAGGUCGAGAUGGAUUCAAAGGAGAAAAGGGGGAAUGCCUGAGGGAAGUCUUUGAGGAGCCCUGGACACCUAACUAUAAGCAGUGUUCGUGGAGUUCACUGAAUUAUGGCAUAGACCUUGGAAAAAUUGCGGAGUGUACAUUCACAAAGAUGCGUUCGAACAGCGCCCUAAGAGUUUUGUUCAGUGGCUCGCUUCGGUUAAAGUGCAGAAGCGCGUGCUGUCAGCGUUGGUAUUUCACGUUCAAUGGAGCUGAAUGUUCAGGACCUCUUCCUAUUGAAGCCAUAAUUUAUUUGGACCAAGGAAGCCCUGAACUGAAUUCGACAAUUAAUAUUCAUCGCACUUCUUCUGUGGAAGGACUCUGUGAAGGAGUUGGUGCCGGACUAGUGGACAUUGCUAUCUGGGUUGGAACUUGCUCAGAUUACCCGAAAGGCGAUGCCUCUACGGGGUGGAAUUCAGUGUCUCGUAUCAUCAUUGAAGAGCUACCAAAAUAA